AUGUCUUCCAACUCCAUUUCUGCGUCUGCCGCUGCUUCUGCCAACCAGGCUCUCAUCGCUUUCGUCACCAGGCUCAAUGAGAUUAUUCAACAGGUUCUCCAGGCUCAAUCGCAAGAGGAGAAAAUGGAAUUGAGCCAGAAUAUUGCUUACAAAGUGGGUCACAGAAUGAGGCCAUUCAUUUCCAUGGGAGGAGGCACACCACUCAAUUGGAAUUGGGUUGAGAAGAAUGCAGAUAUGUGCAUGAAGCAUCCUUUGUAUGAUGAGAUAUUGGGUCAUGCACCUCCUGUUACAACUGCAGCUGCUGCACUGUCACCGGUACCUGCAUCUGCAUCUGCACCUACGCCAUUGCCGGCACCAGCACUAGCACCACUCAGCAUUUGCAUCCCCUGCAAUGCAGCAUCUGCUGUGACUGGCCCGAAAGGUACUACACCAAAGGCAAGUGAGCUGGUUGAGAUUCAGGACGAUGAAGAGGAUGAAUUGGAUGAUGAUGAUGUACAAGGCAAGCAAAAGGCAAGCAAGAACAAGGACAAGGGCAAAGGGCCAACAACCAGUAGCACUGCUGUCACCACCAUCACCCCCAAAACUGCCACUGCACCAUAUGUGAGCACAGUAGCCACUCGCUUCAAAACUACCCAGAUCAGGGCAACCAGACAGAAAAAGAUCAGUGGGCAGUCUCAAGGCACAGGCAAGUCAUUUGUAUCCAGUUGUUUUUCUGUGACUAACAAUGUGUUCACUCCAGAUACAUCUUGGAUGGGAGGCCAGACUGGUGGUGAUAUGUUAGUUGGUGCACCACCAGUGCAGCCUCCUAUUGUGCCAGUAGCAUCCAUGCCUUCCACUGGUACCCCUCAUAUAUUCAUCACCUGGCCAUCAAAUGUGCCGGAUGAUGGGCAGUCCAUCUCAGCUCCUUUACUACACACACACAAUAUAUCCCCACAAGCCUUCCAGUGA